GAAAUAGGGUUUUGAAGAGGAAUCGAAAGCAUAAAUUCCAGUUGAAGGAAGCAUAUAGAAACCCGUGAGUUGAACAGUUUUCUUCAAGCUUGGUUUUGGAGACAAAAGGCAUAAUAGAGACAAACGAAAGAAAGCAUAAUCAAAGUGAAGAGAAGAAGCUUAAAGAAGGCUCCAAAAAUGAGUUUCAAAAGCUCUUCUCUUCUCUGCAUAGCGCUUCUGCUUGCAUUGUCUUCUACUAUUAAUGGCUUUAACAUCACAGAGAUGUUGGAAAAGUAUCCAGAGCUGUCCUCAUUCAACAAGUACAUCACCGAAUCCAAGCUUGCAGACCAAAUCAACAGCCGCAACACCAUCACCGUUCUUGCUGUUGAGAACGGCGCCAUCUCUUCCAUUUCCGGGAAAACCCCAGCAGUCAUUAAGGCCAUCAUCGGCACCCACAUCAUCCUUGACUACUAUGAUGAGAAGAAGCUCAUGGAAGUUCAAGCUAACAGCUCCCUGUUGACAACCCUCUACCAGUCCACAGGCCUUGCCGUCAAGCAACAAGGCUUCGUCAACGUUUCACUCAUCGGCGAGGGCGAAAUCGCCUUCAGCCCCGCCGGCACUUCCGACUACUCCGAGCUCGUCAAGACCGUCACCACCCAGCCCUACAACAUCUCCAUUCUUCAAAUCACCAAGCCCCUCAUCGCCCCAGGUGUUGACAAUCAAACCCAAUCUGCACAGUCACCACAACAAGCUAAAGCCUCUCCCCCCACAGAGACAGCCAGGGCACCGGCUCCCUCCACACAGAGUGGCAAGGCAUCUGCUCCCUCGACAGACAGUGCCAAAGCACCCGCAACGAAAGACGGUGCGGAGGCACCAGCUCCUGCGGAGGAUGCAAAAUCUCCUUCUGCAGCCACUGCUGAGGCACCAGCUCCUUCGGAAACUGCAGCCGCGCCUUCACCUGCCGAGUCUCCUAAAGCUGAUGCCCCAGCAACAGCCGAUGCCCCAGCAGAUGGUCCCGCUGCUGAUGGUGCUGCAGAUACUGCAAGCUCCUCCACCAUUAAGAUGAGCUUGGUUGGAUCGGUGAUGGCCAUCGCUUCACUCUUGAUCGUUUUAUAAACUGGUUCAUGAAAUAAAGAUGAUAUAGAUAUCUAUAUCUAUCUAUCUAUAUAUAGAUAUACGUUUUAUUACACUUAUAUUGAGAGGAGGAAGAGAAUGAGAAGAGGGCCUUCAGGAAGACACAAACGGAUAUUGGAAAGGAUGAUGUAGAGUUCGUUGUCGCUGAAAAUGUUGGUCAAUGAAAAUAAACUUGUAUUUUAAGUGGUUGCGACGUAUAAAUAAAUGAACAAGUUAUUUA